AUGGCCGAAACAGAAGUAACUAUGUCUGGUAAUAGUGGUGGUACAAGUGGUGAUACAGAAAUUGAUUUAUACGCAGAUGUUGUUGAAAAUGAACUUGAUACAGGAGCAAAUGAUGAUUAUAUAGGUAAUGAUGAGCAUUUAGUACAAGAUGGAGAUUUAUACGAUGAUGUUAUUACAACACAAUCAUCAGCUACAGAUUUUACUGAUAUUACAAAUACAGUUAAUCAAAAUAUUAAUAAACUUGAUCAAUCAAAUGGAUUAAUGACUGGAAGAAAUACACCAUCUAAUAGUUAUAAUGGAAAACGAGUGUCACUUUAUGUUGGUCAGUUGACUUGGUGGACAACUGAUUCUGAUAUAUCUGAUGUUAUUCAAGAAUUAGGUAUUAGUGAUUUACUUGAAGUUAAAUUUCAUGAAAAUCGGGUUAAUGGACAAUCGAAAGGUUUUGCUGUUGUUACAGUUGGUUCAGAAGCAUCAUCUCGAAUUAUAUUAGAAAAAAUACCUAAACGAGAAAUUCAUGGUCAAAAUCCAACUGUGUUACCUUGUAAUAAACAAUCAUUAAGUUUCUUCGAAGGUGUUACUCGUAAGGAUGCUCCAAUUGAACCUAUGCCACCAAUGAAUGCACCACCUCUUCGUCCUAUGAUGCGUCCACCAAUCGGUCUUCCAUUACCGAUGCCUCGUGGUGGUCCUAUGGAUGGACCAUAUCGUUUUCCACCUCAGGGACCUGUUAUGUUACCUGGAGCACCACAUGGCAUGGCUCGUCCACCAAUGCAGAUAGCACUUGGUCCACGUGGUCCAAUACCCGGUGGUCAAUUAGUUCUCAGUCGAAUGCCCGGUCCACCUCCACCAGGUGUUCAUCCACAACAAUCUGUGCUUGUUAUGCAACGACCUGGUGUACCACCUGGUAUGAAUGGUCCUCCUCUUGUUCGUCAACAAAUGCCACCUGGAGCACAAGGUGUACCAGUAUCUUCCAGUUCCAUGACAGUUAUGCCUGGUCAACAUCCAUCUGGAUAUUAUCAAGGUCAACCAGGCCAAGGACCUCCUCCACAUGGUGUACCAAUGCCUGGUCAACCACAUUCUGAUCCAUAUUAUCGAGGUGUUGAUGCACGUUCUGAUCCAGGAAAUAUGGUGCCUAUUAGUGAAGCAGAAUUUCAAGAAAUCAUGGAACGUAAUAAAACUGUUUCAAGUAGUGCGAUCGCUCGAGCUGUACAAGAUGCAUCAGCUGGUGACUUUGGUACAGCUAUUGAAACAUUAGUAACAGCAGUUUCACUUAUUAAACAAUCGAAAAUUGCCAAUGAUGAUCGAUGUAAAAUUUUAAUUAGUUCUCUUCAAGAUACACUCAAAGGUAUCGAAGAUAAAUCAUAUGGACAACGAGCACGUCAUCGAAGUCGAUCAGGAUCGCCACGUGAAUCAUCACGUAAGAAACAUCGUCAUCGUUCACGUAGUCCACGUGAUCGAAAUGAAUAUCGACGUAGUGAGGAUUAUGAUGGCAAAUACAGUCGUGAACAUCGACGACGUUGA